AUAAGGAUGGAUUUUGUUCUGAAGCGUAUAAUUCUAAUAAUUUGAUAAUUAAUUAAAAAAAAAAUCAUGAAUUACACAGCGGUUGAUUUGAAUGAGGAGGUUACACAGUACCUCUAUUUCAACACUGGACUACUCUCCUUGUACCUUAUCGUUGGACUCACAGGAAACUCGAGUGUUUUAUACAUUUACACUCGUAAGAUGAGAAAGACAGAAGAACGUUAUUUCAUUCCUCUUCUUGCUGUUUCGGAUAUCUUUGCUUGUUUGGCUGGAAUAAUUCUUGGAAUUGUGUCGAAUUUCUACAGAGCUAAUUACGUGUUGGAUACAUUCUGUAAAGUGGGGUAUUUUUUCACCUGGACAACGACCUCCAUAUCUGGAUUUUUGAUUCUUUUAAUCGCCCUAAGUCGUUAUACAAGGAUCUGCCGUCCCACCGGUCUUCAGCUUAACACGGUAAGGAAGAGAAGGGCUUUGAUUGUCAUGUCUUCAAUUUCCUUGGUUACCUCACUACCAAUGUUGUAUUUCCUUGGAAGCCGUGAUUUUCCGUUUGAGUACAAAGGGCAGCUAAUCAACACUACCUUAUGUACACUCCGCUUCAGCGAUAGUUCAAUGAAGCUAUUACAAAAUGCUUAUUUCGCUUUUGAAAUUUUCCUUGCUUCACUGAAUAUGAUAGUUACUUGUGGUUUGUAUAUUCCAGUCGGUGUCACUAUAUAUCGCAAAUUCAAAGUAAUACGACAAAAUAUGAAAGCUUCGAAAAACGUAUCGACUGUUUCUGAUGGCGUGCCUCUAUCCAUUGCAAAAAGGAGAAUUUGCGUAAAUACACCAGAGCACGAGUUUUCAGUGACAUCCGAAGUGAUGAGCGAAAAUGAAAUGUGCUCCAAAUGUAUAACUAGCACCAACCCUUCACGAGUAGACUACAAACAGAGAGUGUCUUCUCUUAAACGCAGGAAGAAUUCAAGACGAAAGCAAAUUAAGCACAACUUUACACUUAUGUUUGCUACAAUUAUCCUUAUUUACGUGUUAGCUUACUUGCCAACACUUCUUCUGUUUAUGUUACCCGGGGACGACCCACCUAACUUUUGGUUCACCAGAGGGGCUGUAGAAUUGAAUGUUCUUGUUUUUCUUCAGAGAGCAUUUCUUCUAAAUAAUAUUCUAAAUCCUUUCAUAUACACUUAUUUCGACCUAUCUUUUCGGCGUGAACUUAAUAACAUGUUAUGUUUCUGUAGGAAAAAGCAGUGAUGGGAUUCAUUUUAAUUCUUUUAUCAAAAU